AUGGGUUUCAAGUUAAUUCAACUGGGUAAACUUGGUCUCGCGGUGAAGAGAAAAAGAAGAGCUCGUCAGAGUCGUACAGGGCCAGUGGCUUGCCCAAUGAAACUAACACCGAUCCCAACCCAAGAUGAAGACCUUCCAAACCAGCUACGACACACCUCUCUUUUAACACAGGCUCAUCCGCCUCUUCACCUUCGACAAGUUGGGUGGGCUGAGAGAAUUGGGUGGGAUGGGGUCUGUGUUACAGUGUCAUCGGAGAGAGAGAACUUGAUGUGA